UACGCAAAUGAUCAUAAACUGACCAUGAUAGUAUUGAAUCUUUACCAUUCUGCUAUACUUUUGGUUGGAGUUAUAGUAAUUAGCUCAAAGAUCUCAGGUACCUCUCAGUCACCAUCAGGUAUCAUUGUUGAAGCAGUACAGGGUUCGGAUUUUGUCAUAAUAUCAUGGAAAUAUCAAGAAAGCGCUAAGUAUUACAGAAUCUUCUUCAAAGGAUUUAAUUCAAUGCAGGGAAACUCAAACAGUCCACCACACGAGGUCGGUCCAAUGCCAGUCUACUGUUUAGCGGAUAACACUACAUGUAGUUAUUGUGUGUCAAACAUUGACAGGGAUGUCUCGUGUAACAAAUUUAACCAAAAUUAUCACGUAUCUUUGCUUGAGAGCAAACUGGAAUACGAGGAGCCCGUGAGCAUAAAAGUUGAAGCUUGUACUGAUGUAUACCCUGACUCAUGCCAGAGUCAUAAUGAGUGGAUCAAUUAUACAAUUCCAGCUGGAGCACCUAGUGCAGUGAGGGAUGUACAUGCAAGGCCAUUAUCAUCCAAAACGGUCGAAGUCACGUGGUCUCCCCCUAAUCAAACAAGAGGAACCAUUGUAAUGUACACUAUAUUGUACAAAACUGAUCACGGUAUGAAAAUGGGCGAAGAAUUCAGACGUGUAUCAAGAGCAAUUAUCACGGGCUUGAGUGCAAAAACGACUUACAGUGUUUGGAUGACAGCCUCUACGGCCAGGAAAGAAGGCGCAAAAUCCAAUAUCAUCACUGUUCAAACAUAUGAAGACGAAUGUGUGUCUAAUCCUUGUCAGCAUCAUGGAAAAUGUCACGUGGAUGGCAUGUCCUAUUUGUGUAAUUGUUCAAGAGCCUGGGAAGGAGCAAACUGUGAAAUUCCUGAAAGUUUUGCUAUGCAGAAAAACCUCUGUAUCGACACAGGAGGAGGAAACAAGCUUCCUUUUCAAACAAAUGUUUCCUUGGAGUUUUGCUCCGGAAAGUGUAGAGAGAAUUUAAGCUGUAAAUCGUUUGAAUAUGGACUGGGAUAUGAAAAUAAUGGAACAUUCGUUAAAUCUCUUCGUCGACAUGGUCUUGGAAUAUGCAAAAUGCAAGGAGUGGACGCGACAGAGAGAGUCCUUAUCGCUUGUAACUAUGACUACUAUGGGAAGAGAACUCCUGUGUCAGCAGGUUCAAUAUCUUCUUUGCCAUAUAAGGCGCUUAUAAGAACUUUAGCGUUAAUGUUUCUUCUCCAGAAAUAGCAGGGGGCGCAAAAUUUACAAUCAGCGCCAGCUUUAAUGUAAAUAAUGCACCGUGAUGUACAAAAUAGAUUACAUGCUCCUGAAUGUAACUGAAUGCAUUACAUGUACCGCAUGAGCCCAGCUAAAAGCCCUUCCAAUGGUCUUGACUUAUCUAUAACAGUAGUUCAAGUUAUGUCCUCUUUGGUGAGAGUUCUUCUCUUUACGCUUUACAUACUGUUCUUAAUAAUGUACAUGAAAAAAAAAAGUGCUUCUUAUCAGCUGAAAACGAGUGCAUUGUCAUGCAACACGAGUGCAAAGUUGAAACACGAGUGCAAAUUACAAAUAGCGCGCGCACGCUUCCAAAAUUUCAUCUGUCUUGACCUUCUGCGAUGUCUUUUCAUGUACAUUAUUAACAAGUAGUAACGUGAUUUCGAGUGCAAUUUGGUGUAGGCGACGACGGUAAAAAGUAGUCAUCAGUUGUUACCACUAUCCUUUUCAGAUCAAGGAUGACCUAAAUACAAAAAGAACAUGCUACGAGCAAUCAUUACCUUCUUUUAGGGAAGUUUCUUUCAUUAUUAUUUUUUUAAGAAAGGAAAACAGUCUUAAAAAAGGGGGGUAAAUUUCUGGGGAAACUGUGGUGCUGCGUCGGUGUGGGAGUGUAAUAAGAUAAUGUGUUUAACAAAUGAGUUCAUGAUGUAAGUUGGCCACCGCUGGCCACCGUGAAGAGUUCGUCAGAGAAAAGAGUUUAGAGUUUCUAAAUGUUUGAUAUAGUUCUUACGUUCUAAACUGACUUUUUUAUUUCUUUCACCAUCAAAUAUACUUACUUAUGGUAAGAUAAUAGUUCUUCUUUGGUUGAGGGCGACAAAUUACAACAUUUCAUGUUUUUGUUUUCAAAGUCAAUUUAUCUGUUGUUGUUAGUCAGUCAUGUAAAUUGUUCAGUCCAGCAUUGAUCGUCUGUUCUGAAGACUUGAGGUCCUUGUCAACAUAAAGAAUAUAAGUGUCAUUCGCAAAUAAGGAAAAUUUAAUUUUAUUUGAACAUAAGUAAAUGUCAUUUAGAUAAUACGACUGGAACUACUCGGUAAUAAUUCCCCAUAAACCAUAAAAAAAUUUUGUUUAUCAAGUAGUAUUUUGUGAUUGACAGUGCCAAAAGCCUUUUUUAAAUCAAUGGUAAUACCACAUGUAAUGCUUACCUGUAUUGUUCUGCAUAGUUUUAACAGUAUCAAGGAUCACAUGAUUUAAGGAGUGUGUCUCACGGAAGCCAUAUCAUGAGGAAUGUUUUAUCAUGUUUAUGCCAAUAAAUUCCUUCAUUCUUUAAUACAGUAGCUUUUCAAAGAUUGACUUGCGAUUUGAAAAGAGAGAAAUCGGUCGGUAAUUAGAAGCAUCAGUCUGUUCCUCACUUUUUAAGGUAAGUGUAAUUUUUGAGAUCUUAAAUUUGAAGGGUGGACACCAAACGUAAGAGAAGUUUCAAAAAUUUUCGACUGGACAGGAGAUAAAAUGUCGCAUGAGCAAUUAAGACAUUGGGCAGGAAAAGAGUACAAACCAUAUGAUUUGUUGUUUGGUAGUAAUAAAACGUCCCAUUGCCUCAGGACGUCAUCUGGGGCAAUGGGCCGGUUAAAAAAAAAGAAAGAAUCAGGUGAUUUUAAUAAUUGAGAUAAUCCAUAUGAUUACUUUUCGUGGGUAGUUUACUUGCUAGUUUGGUGCUCACACUUGCGAAAUGUUCAUAAAGAAUGCUUGGUAUGUGUGAUGGGUCACUCAUGACUUGACUGUUAUUAUUUGGGUCUCAGUAUAAUUUGGUUCUCAUUUUAUGAUAUCUGUUUUGGUGGUUUAAUCAUUCAUUGGUUCCU